UGAGACUCGUUAAAGUCUGGCUUACCUUGUCCGAGUUUUAGGGUUUCCGUUUCAGGAGCAGAGAAGCGCAGUCGGCGAGGUUGCAAUGGCGAGGAUAAAGGUUCACGAGUUAAGGAACAAGAGCAAGGCGGAGCUAUUGAACCAACUGAAGGAACUGAAGGCAGAGCUCGCCCUCCUCCGCGUUGCCAAGGUCACUGGUGGUGCCCCCAACAAGCUCUCCAAGAUAAAGGUGGUGCGGUUGUCGAUUGCGCAGGUGUUGACGGUGAUUUCGCAGAAGCAGAAGGCGGUGCUGAGGGAAGCUUAUAAGAACAAGAAGUACAUGCCUCUGGAUCUUCGUCCCAAGAAAACUCGUGCUAUUCGUAGGCGUCUCACUAAGCACCAGGCAUCUUUGAAGACAGAGCGGGAGAAGAAGAGGGAGAUGUACUUUCCACUGAGGAAAUAUGCCAUCAAAGUGUAGUUGGGCUUGCACUUUCCUGGAGUUGUUUUGUUUGAAAGUCAAUUGUUUCUCUGAGUAUUAGUUUAUAUCUUGCUUCGUGAGCAACAUUUUUGUCUCCAAUGUUGUUUUUGGGAGCUUGUAUUCCAAGUAAUAUUGCACUUCCAUUUACUUGAAACUAGUUAAGCACAUUAUUUUGAAGAAGAAAUUUACCAGUUCUAUUCCAGAACGAUGAGUGUGAUUUUGGUGGCUUAUGAUGUGAUUCAAGGAAUGUGUUAUCAUGCUAUGGCCUAUGGCGUUGACAUAAAUCUGUUCAAUGAUU